AUGACAACUCACGUAACGCUGGAGGAUGCUCUGUCCAACGUGGACCUAUUGGAGGAGCUGCCAUUACCAGAUCAGCAGCCAUGCAUCGAGCCACCUCCAUCAUCCAUUAUGUACCAGGCCAACUUUGAUACUAAUUUUGAAGACAGAAAUGCUUUUGUAACUGGCAUUGCAAGGUACAUCGAGCAAGCAACAGUGCAUUCCAGCAUGAAUGAGAUGUUGGAGGAAGGGCAUGAAUAUGCAGUAAUGCUUUAUACUUGGAGGAGCUGCUCCAGAGCUAUUCCCCAGGUAAAGUGUAAUGAGCAGCCAAACCGAGUAGAGAUUUAUGAGAAGACAGUGGAAGUCUUAGAGCCAGAAGUCACAAAACUCAUGAAGUUCAUGUACUUUCAGAGAAAGGCCAUUGAACGAUUCUGUGGUGAGGUCAAGCGUUUGUGCCAUGCAGAGAGAAGGAAAGACUUUGUUUCAGAAGCAUAUCUACUGACCUUGGGAAAGUUUAUCAAUAUGUUUGCAGUCUUGGAUGAACUGAAGAACAUGAAGUGCAGUGUCAAAAAUGACCAUUCUGCUUAUAAAAGAGCAGCCCAGUUUUUAAGAAAAAUGGCUGAUCCUCAGUCUAUUCAGGAAUCACAGAAUCUCUCCAUGUUCCUAGCAAACCAUAACAGGAUCACCCAGUGCCUGCAUCAGCAACUGGAAGUGAUCCCUGGUUAUGAAGAACUGUUGGCUGAUAUUGUCAACAUCUGUGUGGAUUACUAUGAAAACAAGAUGUACUUGACACCCAGCGAGAAGCAUAUGCUCUUAAAGGUGAUGGGUUUUGGUCUGUAUCUGAUGGAUGGAAAUGUCAGUAAUAUUUACAAAUUAGAUGCCAAGAAGAGAAUCAACCUCAGCAAAAUUGAUAAAUUCUUCAAGCAGCUGCAGGUGGUUCCUUUAUUCGGCGAUAUGCAGAUAGAGCUGGCCAGAUACAUUAAGACCAGUGCUCACUAUGAGGAGAACAAAUCCAAAUGGACAUGCACUCAGAGCAGCAUCAGUCCACAGUAUAACAUAUGUGAGCAGAUGGUACAGAUCCGGGAUGAUCAUAUCCGGUUUAUCUCUGAACUUGCUCGCUACAGCAACAGUGAGGUUGUAACGGGCUCAGGACUGGAUAGUCAGAAGUCAGAUGAAGAAUAUAGGGAGCUUUUUGACCUGGCUUUACGGGGACUUCAGCUUUUGUCCAAGUGGAGUGCACAUGUGAUGGAAGUGUAUUCUUGGAAGCUGGUCCAUCCCACUGAUAAGUUCUGUAACAAAGAUUGUCCAGGCACUGCUGAAGAGUAUGAGAGAGCUACAAGAUACAAUUAUACCAGUGAGGAAAAGUUUGCUUUUGUGGAGGUUAUUGCUAUGAUCAAGGGCCUGCAAGUGCUCAUGGGUCGCAUGGAGAGCGUCUUCAACCAAGCUAUCAGGAACACGAUCUACGCUGCUCUGCAGGACUUUGCUCAGGUGACUCUGCGAGAGCCUCUGAGGCAAGCGGUCAGAAAGAAGAAAAAUGUCCUCAUCAGUGUUCUUCAGGCAAUUAGAAAGACAAUCUGUGAUUGGGAGGGAGGACGUGAGCCUCCAAACGAUCCCUGUCUGAGAGGGGAGAAAGAUCCCAAAGGGGGUUUUGAUAUCAAAGUCCCACGACGAGCUGUUGGGCCUUCAAGCACCCAGCUUUAUAUGGUGAGGACCAUGCUAGAAUCCCUCAUUGCAGACAAGAGUGGUUCAAAAAAGACUCUUAGAAGCAGCCUGGAUGGACCAAUAGUUCUGGCCAUUGAAGAAUUCCAUAAACAGUCCUUCUUCUUUACACAUCUUCUCAAUAUAAGUGAAGCCCUCCAACAGUGCUGUGAUUUAUCCCAACUUUGGUUCCGAGAAUUUUUUCUGGAGUUGACCAUGGGUCGCCGAAUUCAGUUCCCUAUUGAGAUGUCAAUGCCAUGGAUUCUAACUGAUCACAUCCUGGAUACCAAAGAACCCUCCAUGAUGGAGUAUGUGCUCUACCCACUGGACCUCUACAACGACAGCGCAUAUUACGCUUUGACCAAGUUUAAAAAGCAGUUUCUCUAUGAUGAAAUUGAAGCAGAAGUGAACUUGUGUUUUGAUCAAUUUGUGUAUAAACUGGCAGAUCAAAUCUUUGCUUACUAUAAAGCAAUGGCUGGCAGUGUUUUACUGGAUAAGCGCUUCCGGGCUGAAUGUAAAAAUUAUGGGGUGAUUAUCCCUUACCCACCAUCCAAUCGCUAUGAAACAUUGCUCAAACAAAGACAUGUCCAGCUGCUAGGGAGGUCAAUUGACUUGAACAGACUUAUCACCCAGCGUAUCUCAGCUGCGAUGUACAAAUCAUUAGAUCAGGCUAUCAGCCGCUUUGAAAGUGAAGAUCUGACAUCCAUAGUGGAACUUGAAUGGCUUUUGGAGAUCAAUCGUUUGACACACAGACUCUUGUGCAACCACAUGACUCUGGACAGUUUUGAUGCCAUGUUCCGCGAGGCCAAUCAUAAUGUGUCCGCUCCUUAUGGGCGCAUCACGCUGCAUGUCUUCUGGGAGCUAAACUUUGAUUUUCUACCUAAUUACUGCUACAAUGGGUCUACUAACAGAUUUGUGCGGACAGCAAUUCCAUUCACUCAAGAACCCCAGAGAGAUAAACCUGCCAAUGUUCAGCCGUAUUAUCUUUAUGGCUCAAAGCCGCUCAACAUUGCAUACAGCCACAUUUAUAGCUCUUACCGAAACUUUGUGGGACCCCCCCACUUCAAGACAAUCUGCCGACUUCUUGGAUACCAAGGGAUUGCUGUUGUGAUGGAAGAAUUGUUGAAGAUUGUCAAAAGCCUGUUGCAAGGAACCAUCCUUCAGUAUGUGAAGACCUUGAUAGAGGUGAUGCCGAAGAUUUGCCGCCUGCCAAGGCAUGAGUAUGGAUCUCCAGGAAUCCUGGAGUUUUUCCAUCACCAGCUGAAGGACAUAAUUGAAUAUGCAGAACUAAAGACUGAUGUAUUUCAAAGUCUGAGGGAAGUGGGUAAUGCCAUUCUUUUCUGCCUUCUCAUAGAACAGGCCUUGUCCCAGGAAGAAGUGUGUGAUUUGCUGCAUGCUGCUCCCUUCCAAAAUAUUUUGCCCAGGGUCUACAUCAAAGAAGGAGAACGCUUGGAGGUACGCAUGAAGCGUCUCGAAGCCAAAUAUGCCCCACUUCACCUGGUUCCCUUAAUAGAGAGGCUGGGAACUCCUCAGCAAAUAGCCAUAGCCCGUGAAGGAGACUUGCUGACCAAGGAGAGGUUGUGCUGUGGGCUGUCCAUGUUUGAAGUUAUCCUGACCCGCAUUCGGAGCUACCUCCAAGACCCCAUCUGGCGUGGGCCUCCCCCAACCAAUGGCGUCAUGCAUGUUGAUGAAUGUGUUGAAUUUCACCGGCUCUGGAGCGCCAUGCAGUUUGUGUACUGCAUUCCAGUUGGAACAAAUGAAUUCACUGCUGAACAGUGCUUUGGAGAUGGCUUGAACUGGGCUGGCUGCUCAGUCAUAGUUCUUCUGGGGCAACAGCGUCGUUUUGACCUUUUUGACUUCUGCUAUCAUCUCUUAAAAGUGCAGAGACAGGAUGGGAAGGAUGAAAUCAUAAAGAAUGUGCCACUUAAGAAAAUGGCUGACAGGAUCAGGAAGUACCAAAUUCUGAACAAUGAGAUUUUUGCCAUCCUGAACAAAUACAUGAAAUCGGUGGAAACAGACAGUUCAACAGUCGAGCAUGUGCGCUGCUUCCAACCCCCCAUCCAUCAGUCCUUGGCGACAACAUGUUAG